GUAUACACUGCCAAGGAUUUUAGGAAAGUGGGGGUGGAGUCCCUGGUCGGAACUGAGAUCUCCAGUGGCAGGUUUUAGGGACAAUGGUGCAAGAUGGUAUGCACGGAUCAUAUCUGGCGUUUCCGCCUUCGGGGAGGGGGCUAUGGCCUUUGCCAAUUGCGUCGCCGCUGUCGGUCCCUUGUCUGGUGGAUCGGUGGGACACCGUGGCUGUCGCCCUGGGCGAACAGUUGUCGACACCGCUCGUAACAAGCUUCGGAUUUCGACGAGACGGGUCUCUGGUCCAUUGCCGAAUGGUAUUCUCUGCAGGCAGGUUCCAUCCUGCAAUGCGUGCGAAGUCAUUGGUGGUUUGUAGUGGAUUCAUUGUGAUGCUCAUGAGCAAUUCUCGUCUUCGUGCAGCUCUUGCUGUGUCGUCCUUAUCUUGUAUGACCGAGGUGGUAUUGUUCAAAAGUUCAGGGAUCGGCGAUGAUGGCUCGGAUGAAGGAGAUCACUGUGUGGAGUUCGACUGCGGGCCACUUCGUGGGAAAUGUCCCAGCAAACGGAUGUGCACUGCCAAUCAAACAUGGUGGCCAGAUGACAACAGCUACCAUCCUUUUGAAUGGUACCUGUGCAAUGGAGUCGUCGACUGCUAUGAUGGAAGCGAUGAGAAAAAGGACUACUGCAAGUCGUUCAACUGCAGUGCUUACAAGGGGAACGCUACUAAAUGCCCGAACGGAGUUGAAUGCUUGUGGGGGGAGACAUAUGACAGAUCAGAUGACCCUAAGUACAAGUUGUGCGAUGGCAUCCCGAACUGCAAAGACGGAAGCGACGAGGCCGCGUGGUAUUGCAACAACCGUCUCUGCUCCACUCCACGCAUCGGCGAGGAGCUCUCAAUGAUAACUUUUUUCCGUUGCGAUGGAGGGCGAUGUUUGCGCACCGAAGCCUUUUGCAAUGGAACGAAGGAGUGCCGAGAUGGCUCAGACGAACAGAAUUGCCAAUCCAAACCUUGUCCGGAGGGAUUCAGGAAGUGCAAGGACGGUCGGACUUGCCGUUAUGCAUUCGCAUUCUGCAACGGCAUACGCGACUGCCCGGAUGGAUCUGACGAAAGUUCCCAAACAUGCGGGUGUGACCUGAAGCAGCGGCUCUGUGAUGACAAUAAGACCUGUGUUCCCACACUGAAAUUCUGCGAUGGAAUACAGGAUUGCCCUGACGGGUCAGAUGAAAAUAGGGAGUCGGGCUGCAUAGAUCUGAAGUGCAAUGCCAGCAGCGGCGAGUACUACUGCCCAACGGGACCACUGUCGUUCUCGUGUCUUUCCAGAUCCGAUUUUUGCAAUGGCAUGCCUGAUUGUCCGGACGGCUCAGAUGAAAAGAUAGCCAACUGCAGGAAGCUCCCAUGCGACUACGAGUCUGACUUCCGAUGCGAGGACGGCAGCCGCUGCAUAACCUUAUUAGAUCAGUGUGACGGGGAGUACAGUUGCCAAGACAAAUCGGAUGAGAAAUCCAGCUUGUGCAAAACUUUCGACUGCAGCAGCACCGGAAAGGUGAAGUGUCCGAGCGGGGUGGGAUGCAUGUCCAGAGAGAAUCUUUGCGAUGGAAAACGAGACUGCCUGGAUGGCAGUGAUGAGACACGCGCUGCUUGUGCGAGCAUUACCCGGUGCAAAUCUGAACAAGUGCUGUGCAAAUCUCCCCGGAAAUGCAGGCCAGGUGUUUACUGCGAUGGCAUAUAUGACUGUAGAGAUGGGGCUGAUGAGGACCCCAGCUUCUGCAAGAACUACACGUGCGGGAGUGAAACAUGGCGCUGCAAGAACGACAUUCAAUGCAUCGGAACUCCGUUGGUGUGCGAUGGGAAGAACCAUUGCAAGGACGGUUCAGAUGAGGAGGCUAGUUUCUGCCAGUCUUACAACUGCACAUCGCCUGAAGGAACAGGCUCGUCCCGCUUCAAGUGUCCAACGAAUGACAAGAAGUGGAGCACUGUGUGAUGGAUACCACGUGGACUGUGCUGAUGGUAGUGACGAGAGUGCCGCCUUCUGCCAGACGUACAACUGCCCUGCGGAUCAGUGGAAGUGU